UCCUUUUGUCUGGAGACUUGAUCCGGGGGAAGUGGAUCUCGCCGAGGCAGCAGCAGCUUGACCGGAGGAAAAACGGCAAAAACGAGAAACAUGGAGGAGUCUCAUUUUAAUAACUCGUCGUAUUUCUGGUCUCCUGUGACGACGGUGCCGGGGCAGGUGGAUAAGGGCGGCUCCUUCCCCCCGUCCUCUGCGCCGCACUACCAGCCCGCCGUCGUCACGAUUCCAGCUCCCGGGGCCAAACUGGAGGGUUCAAACCAACCGGGCCGACUGCCGCAUCACCAGACGCCACACGGCGCCCAGAACAUCACCGUCCUGCCCGUCUCCACCACGGGCAUCAUGACGGCAGCUGGUCUGGUGAUCACGACUCCUCAGGGGACUCUGGUUUCUCCAAACUCGCCUCAGUCGUUCGUUUCGGGGCCUCCGGGAGCUACGAUGGUCGUGUCCUCGCUCCACGCCACAGACACAGAUAAAAAAGUGAUGCCGUCGCCGUCGAAACGAGGAAGAAAAAAGAAGACGACCCGAAUCGGACCUGGAGGUGAAACUAUCAUUCUGGCUCAGCUCACGCCCGACGGACAGGUGACCCCGGUGGAAGCAGACCCGUACGACUUAUCCCACGACGAGGACCUCCCAGGACCAAAAGACAGCACCAAAACCUACAGGAACCACACGGAGUCGAAGCCGCAUAAAUGUCCUCACUGCACAAAGUCCUUCGCCAACUCCAGCUACUUGGCCCAGCACUUCCGCAUCCACACCGGAGUGAAGCCGUACGCCUGCACCGUCUGCGAAAAGUCCUUCAGACAACUCAGCCACCUCCAGCAGCACAACAGGAUCCACACAGGAGACCGGCCGUACAAAUGCACCCACCCCGGCUGUGAGAAAUCCUUCACACAGCUCUCGAAUUUACAGUCCCAUCGACGCCAACACAACAAGGACAAGCCGUACAAGUGCGCCAACUGCAACAAGGGCUACGUGGACGCGGCCAGCCUGGAGGUCCACAUGGCGACGCACACUGUAAAACACGCCCGCAUCUACUCCUGUGGCCUCUGCAACCGCUCCUACACAUCAGAGACCUAUUUGGUGAGACACAUGGAGAAACACAGCGCAGACCAGUUAGCAUCUGCGGCCGCCGGACAAGCUAACCAGCAGAACCGGGGCGUCCGAGAAGAGGGAAAACCGGAGGAGGCGUCGCCGAGUCGUCCUGUGGCGUCGGGAGCCGGCGGCGGAGCGCAGCAGGGGGGGCAGGCGCCGAGUAGUUAUCAGCAAACGGAGAGCGUGCCCUGCCCUUUCGAUAUUCACCAGUACAAGACGGUAGCGGCGAGUGACAUUCAGUACAAACCCGUGAACGUGUCUGAAAUCACGGCGCAUAAAGACCUGUGCCUCACUGUGUCGACGUCCACCAUCCAAGUGGACCAUCUGAACUCGUAGACGAUUACGCAGACGUUAUGUCGCUACCGUAAGGACUAGAACGGAAAUGCAAGACGUGACGUGACGUGACGGGGCUGUACCAGGUUCUGCACCCGUAGAUUUUAUCGUAAAAGCAGCUGUUAAUGACAACGUCGCUCCACUGCGCUCUGGUAGAUUUUAGCAUCAUUCGCUUCACAACCUGCACAAAAGACUCAAGAUUUCGAGAUGGUUCCCCGUUUGCCGCGCUCUGAUCACACAUUUUGUCUUAUUGUUAUAUUUUAAUGGAACAAAUGCACACUUAAGGGCACUCAUUUCCCUCUGAAAGUUGUGAAAUUUACUUAAAAAACGACCUAUUGUGCUCGUUUCUGCGCUAUAGCUAUAAUCUAUGACACUUUUGGAUCAUUAUGUUACAAUUUGGACAUUUUAAAUUGCAAUAUUCAUCUAAAACGACCUAAAAGAAACACGUCGGUUUGCUUUACAGCGUUAGAAAACUGGUCACAGAAGCGAGCAGCAGGUUUUAUUUGAUUUGUACCAAAAUGACAUCGCAACGCCGCCAAAUCCUGCACAUAUCAAGAAAAUAAAACUGGUAGAACAAAGUAAAUACAGAGCGGCGGGCGUGGACGGAGGUGGAUCAGCAGAAUGAUUUUAAAUAUUGCUCAAACGUGCACGAAUCGGUCCAAAAAACAACUUCAGAUGAGUAAAUGUUGAGGGGAAACGGCUACAACAAGCUCAAAAAAAGUCGAUUUUGCAGAAUAAGUUUACUUUAAUAGCUCAACGUCUGGAAGAAUUGAAGUUUAAAUUGAACUUCCUUCUUCUGUCACUGUUUGAAAACUUGUCCAAAAUCUGGUGCAGCCCCUUUUAAAAGUUGACAAACAAAAGCAAUACGAUCAUUCACAAGAACUUUUGAAGCAAAGACUGUGCUGGGUGACGAUUUAAGGCAGAGGACAAUAUAAAAUAUACAAUCGUCACACGUGUAAACUGCAGUAGUUUUAUUUCUGAGGGUUUUUUUUUUCAUCUUUUUGCAUUCAGAUUGUUGUCCUUUUGCCUGGCGCUGGUCUGAGUAGCAGGAGCAUGUAAAGGCUGCAAUAAUAAUGUGUUUCAGUCCAUCACACUGAUGGUUUUUAUUGAAAGAGACGAGACGUUGUUGUUUUUAUUCGUGCUGCUCUUCCAAACACAUUCACCUCCAGCAGCUCCAGUGUUACGGCUUUUCUGUUUUUGCGUCACCUCGUAAACAGAAAACUGGUUAAAAUGGCUUGAAUUUUGAAUAUUAGUUUUAUUAUUGAAGAUGUAAGUACGUUUAUUUUUAUUUUUAUAGACGGUCAGUUAUCUGCUCGUCUUAUAAAAAUAGUAUUUCUUUGCUUGGAAGGUUUCACAUUAUGGUUUAAUAUAUGGUUUAUGUUCUUCAUUUAGCCAAUAAUAGGUCUGUCACGAUAACAAAUUAAAGAUAAAGACAUUAAACAAUUAAUUAAUGCAACAAAUCAAAACAUAAAUCAUCAUCAUAGAAAUAACAUUAAAGGAGAAAAGUGCAGAAUAAACCCCUUUCAGUCUCAUUCACAGAUAAACAGAACAGUUUGAGUCUGGAUUUAAACUUUGUCAAAGUCGAGGUCUGAGUCACAUCUUCAGGAAGAAUGAUCCAGAUUUUAACUGAACAAAACUCAAACACUGAUUCAACAUGUUUAGUCCUGGUCUAGUCCUGGUCUGGUCCUGGUCUGGUCCUGGUUUAGUCCUGGUCUAGUCCUGGUCUAGUCCUGGUCUGGUCCUGGUCUGGUCCUGGUUUAGUCCUGGUCUAGUCCUGGUCUGGUCCUGGUCUGGUCCUGGUCUAGUCCUGGUCUAGUCCUGGUCUGGUCCUGGUCUGGUCCUGGUCUGGUCCUGGUCUGGUCCUGGUCUGGUCCUGGUCUGGUCCUGGUCUGGUCCUGGUCUGGUCCUGGUUUGGUCCUGGUCUGGUCCUGGUCUGGUCCUGGUCUGGUCCUGGUCUGGUCCUGGUUUGGUCCUGGUUUAGUCCUGGUCUGGUCCUGGUCUAGUCCUGGUCUGGUCUUGGUCUGGUCCUGGUCUAGUCCUGGUCUGGUCCUGGUUUAGUCCUGGUCUGGUCCUGGUUUAGUCCUGGUCUGGUCCUGGUCUGGUCCUGGUCUGGUCCUGGUCUGGUCCUGGUCUGGUCCUGGUCUAGUCCUGGUCUGGUCCUGGUCUGGUCCUGGUUUGGUCCUGGUCUGGUCCUGGUUUGGUCCUGGUUUAGUCCUGGUCUGGUCCUGGUCUAGUCCUGGUCUGGUCCUGGUCUGGUCCUGGUCUAGUCCUGGUCUGGUCCUGGUUUAGUCCUGGUCUGGUCCUGGUCUGGUACUGGUCUGGUCCUGGUCUGGUCCUGGUCUGGUCCUGGUUUGGUCCUGGUCUAGUCCUGGUCUGGUCCUGGUCUGGUCCUGGUCUGGUCCUGGUCUGGUCCUGGUCUGGUCCUGGUCUGGUCCUGGUCUGGUCCUGGUUUGGUCCUGGUCUAGUCCUGGUCUGGUCCUGGUCUGGUCCUGGUCUGGUCCUGGUCUGGUCCUGGUCUGGUCCUGGUCUGGUCCUGGUCUAGUCCUGGUCUAGUCCUGGUCUGGUCCUGGUCUAGUCCUGGUCUAGUCCUGGUCUGGUCCUGGUCUGGUCCUGGUCUGGUCCUGGUCUGGUCCUGGUCUGGUCCUGGUCUGGUCCUGGUCUGGUCCUGGUCUGGUCCUGGUUUGGUCCUGGUCUAGUCCUGGUCUGGUCCUGGUCUGGUCCUGGUUUGGUCCUGGUCUAGUCCUGGUCUGGUCCUGGUCUGGUCCUGGUCUGGUCCUGGUCUGGUCCUGGUCUGGUCCUGGUCUGGUCCUGGUUUGGUCCUGGUCUAGUCCUGGUCUGGUCCUGGUCUGGUCCUGGUCUGGUCCCGGUCUGGUCCUGGUCUGGUCCCGGUCUGGUCCCGGUCUGGUCCCGGUCUGGUCCCGGUCUGGUCCCCGUCUAGUCCCCGUCUAGUCCCCGUCUAGUCCCCGUCUAGUCCUCGUCUAGUCCUCGUCUAGUCCUCGUCUAGUCCUCGUCUAGUUCUGGUUCAGUCUCAAUUUUUGUUCAAAAAUUGACAGUUAAAUUUCCUUUUGCUGUGGAACCUGUCGACUUCAGGAUCACACAGAACUGCACACGACUGUCAGAUCUGGACUGGGCUGCGUUUCUUAAAAAAAUAAAUGGAUCUUCAUCAACAGAACAGAAAAAAGGCAAAACGUUCUUCGGUCCGUCUGCCAGAUUCCCGAGACUCUGUAAGAUCCCGCUCAGAACCAAGUCUUAGACACAUUACUGACCCGUACUUCAGCCCCUAUUAUCGAUCAGAAAAAACGCAGAUAUUUGGGGAUUUUGGGGUCUGAUUGUGAAUAUAUGUGUCUUACGACUAUUGGUUGAUUAAACUAAAGGGGGCGGUCCUUUGAUUUAGAGCGAGCGAAACGUUGUAUGGAAUAAAUUGCAUUAAGAGUGAGACGGCGAGCGGGAGUUUUCCUUUAUUUUUUAGACAAGUGCUCCGCCUCCUACGCACCAAGACUUUUCACCAGCUGCUCCGUGUUUAACUCAACCUGUUUUUACAUAUUUUUAACGUAUCAGUUACACCAGAAUCAUGGAAAACGGCUCAUGUUUUGGGACAAAUAUAAGCGUAAAUAAUCAUUACCGCUAUUUUACCAACUGAUAUUUUAUUAGAUUCAGCUGCUGUAAAUUUUAAAGAGCAAAUACGUGAUGCUUUUAAUCAUUUCCGGCCAAUAUCUAAGUUACAUCGUCUUGCAAAAGUUUUAGAAAAGUUAGUUACAAAUCAAGUCACAGUUUACCUGCAUAAAUAAAUGAAAUGCUCCUUUAUGAAGUUUUACCAAUCAGACUGCUGUCACGGCAACGACGCAAGUUUUAAAUAACAUUUUCUCAGUCCUUGAUGAUAAACGAGAUCCUGUCGCUCUGUUUAUUGAUUUAACUGAAGAUUUUAAAUCAUUAGAUCAUGAAAUCCUCUUGAAGCGUCUGAAGCAGAUUGGAUUUGACUGUGCUGCGUGUAAAAAAAAAACAAACAAACAAAAACGUAUCCUUUAAAACUAUAUAUUUUAGAAUUAUUAUUUAACAGUUUAAAAUCAAAAUGUUCGUUUUAUUAUAGACAAAUCCUCUCUCGUGUCGCCUGCUCUGCUCCUGGGCUGAUUCUUCUGCGGGUUCAGUGUUAAUCAGGAUCAAAAUUAGCACAAAAAACAUUCAGUUCUUUUAAAAAAUGAGAUCCAGUUCCAAACUAUUCACGCUGAGGAACCUUUCAAACGAGCCAAACAAAUUUAUUUAUACAGCACACAUCUUGUAUCCUGUUGAACUGAAUUAUAGAAAAUUUAUUUUUAAAGCAGCCUUUCUAUAUUCUGGCGGUAAAAUGGAGAAAUGGGAAAACAAAACAAAAAAACGUUUGGUUAUUUUGCUUCCCAAAAAUAAACAUUUCAAGAACAAGCUGGAAAUGCUGGUGCCACUAAUGCACUUUAAUAAUCUGGUGAUAAACAUUUAUAAUCCUGUUUUUAUUAUUUUAAAUGGACAUAUGCAGGUAGGUUUUGUUUGUUUUUGUUCGUUUUUGUUCUAUAUUUGAACAGGGCGCUCAUGAAAGAGUCUGGUGCCUUCACUGGACUCUCCCUGUUGAAUUAAAUACAUUUUUUUAUUUAUUCAUCAGUUAAAUGACAGUUUUUAUGGCCAUAUAAUACUCAGUUUGUUUGAAUGCUUUGCUUGUCUCAAAGGAAAUGAGCUUACCAAAUUUUAUGUUUCAUGGUUGGGUCAAAAAUAUGUCAAAAAAAAACCUAAAACUAGUCCAAUUUUAUUUUAUUUUGAAUUCAAGUCAUUUUAACAGAGGUUUAUUUCUUGCAGUGUUAACAUGUGAAGGUAAGUUUUACUACUUUCUCAGAGCUGCUCAGACUGUUAUCGUCUUUGCUGUUGAAGAUCAUCCACCUCCAUCCGCUUUGGAGUCUACAAAAUGACUUUUUAUAAUGAUUUGAAAUGUUUGGACUUUGAUCCACUCAGAGACUCAUUUGCCUUUACAGGAGAUGUGAGCAGCCUCUUCAUGUUUCAUGUAAUUCUAGUGUACCGUUCAGCUUGUAUGAAUAAUGUAACUACUCAAACGUGUUGUUGCUAUAAUACCUGCGUACUAUCCAAGUUUACAUAACUCUAUUAAUGGACAAUAUGACACAUCAUUAGGUCAAGAUGAAAUAAACCAUAUUGAAAUUA